AAACCAAGACAAACACAACCCAGCUGAGAUGAGUCUGAGCGCUAAAGACAAGAACACAGUCAAGGCCUUCUGGGCCAAAGCGGCCGAUAAAGUGGAGGAUAUUGGUUCAGAUGCUUUGUCCAGGAUGCUGUUGGUCUACCCUCAAACUAAGACCUACUUCGCCCACUGGAAGGACCUGAGCCCCGGUUCUGCUCCGGUCAGGGAGCACGGAAUGACCAUCAUGUCUGGAGUCGUCGACGCUGUGGGCAAAAUGGAUGAUCUAGCAGGUGGACUCCUGAACCUCAGUGAGCUGCACGCCUUCACCCUGAGAGUGGAUCCUGCCAACUUCAAGAUUCUCUCCCACAACAUCCUGGUGGUCUUGGCCAUCAUGUUUCCCAAAGACUUCACCCCUGAGAUCCACGUGUCCAUGGACAAGUUCCUGUCAGCUCUGGCUCUGGCUCUGGCUGAGAAAUACAGAUGAACAAACGAUGGCCUCGAUCUGUGUCUGACUUCUUUUAUCAAAGGAUUAAAUACAGUGGAAAGUUUUA